CUCUUACCGUCAUGACUGCCACCAUCCAAUACCUUGUGCUGCUUUGGCCAUAUUCACGAUACCGGUACCUCGUAUUACACUGCUGAAAACCUGCAAACGCGUUCGGCGCGUCAAAAUCGGACUACAGACUCGGAAGAGCACCUACAAGACCGCAUAUAACCAGGUUUUUCUGCUUGGAAGAGACGGUGAUGAGCGUAGUGAUUGUCUUUGUCCUGGGCAAAGCUUGGCAUGCUGAGAACCAUCUGUACUGGUGCUAUACAUACCCCAAGACCAUGAUGAAUGUUCGUGCACCCGCAAGGCCGAUGUAUUUGACACCUACUACGACUCUCACAGCAAGCCAAGAUGAAGGCACUGAAGAAGAAUCAAUUAACGGCGCGGACUUGCAACGGGACGCGGGAAGCGACGAGGCAGCCGGUCAAGCGAAUGUAUGCAGGGUUAUGUAGAUAUCUAGGCAUGUAUAGAUAUUCAUCGAUAUC